AUGGCGGAGGAAGGCGGCGGCGGAGGCGGCGAGGAGUAUCUGUUCAAGAUAGUGGUGAUCGGAGAUUCGGCAGUGGGCAAGUCAAAUCUGCUCUCUCGCUUCGCCCGCGACGAGUUCGACCACAACUCCAAGGCCACCAUCGGCGUCGAGUUCCAGACCCAGGUCGUUGAGCUCGACGGCAAGGAGAUUAAGGCACAGGUGUGGGACACCGCCGGGCAGGAGCGCUUUCGGGCCGUCACCUCCGCCUACUACCGCGGCGCCGUCGGGGCCCUCGUCGUCUACGACAUCACCAGGAAAGCUACCUUCGAGAGUGUCCAACGAUGGCUUGAUGAGCUUAAUACUCAUUGUGAUACCACGGUGGCAAAAAUGCUCGUGGGGAACAAAUGUGAUUUGGAAAACAUUAGAGAAGUGAAUGUAGACGAUGGAAAAGCUUUUGCCGAGCAAGAGGGGUUGUUUUUCAUAGAGACUUCGGCCCUCGAUUCUACUAAUGUGAAGGAGGCCUUUGAGAUUGUGAUUCGAGAGAUUUAUGACAAAGUCAGCCGCAAAAUAUUGAACUCGGACUCGUACAAAGCCGAGCUUUCGUCAAAUCGGGUGGAUGUCAAUUUGUCGAAGGCGGAUAAUAGCAAAUUCUCUUGCUGUUCAAGUUGA